AUGUCUGAACAACUGCAGCUCACCACGGCCUGGAACUCAUCUUCCCGCCCAGCAACGGGUACUGGACGCCCUCAAACUGCUGUAUCCUCCCGUCAUGAGGCGAGCUACGUGGUGUCUGUGCUCGAAGGUCGAGGUGUCGCCCGGGAAGUCGGUAUUGCUGCCCUCGAGAAGGAUACGGGUAGGGUGUCGUUGAUACAGCUCGCAGAUAGCCCGACCUAUAUCAAGACUUUACAUCAACUCCAUUUGCAUUCACCGUCGCUCAUACUUGUUCCUGAUACGUUCUUGUCGAUGUCGGACGUCUCGUUGGCCUCGGGUGGGAAGAAACCGUCAACGACGUCUGUCCUCGAAGUACUGGAACGAACUGCCGGUCUCGACUUCAUCACACAACUCAUUGUGGAGGGUGACGAGAGGGCUGGCACGAUCGUCGCAGCUUCCACCAAGUACUAUGCACUCUCCGCAGCCAGUGCGCUGUUCAAGCAUGCUGAAUCAAGGCUUAAUAUACGUUUCGCUUCGGCCUCGUUGCUCAUUCGCUUUGGGCAAGCGGAUGGCACGAUGAUGAUUGAUCCAGAGACAUCUCGUAACUUGGAGCUUGUCGGCAAUAUGUCUAGCAAGAAGUCCACUCACUCACUCUUCGGACUGAUGAACCAUACGUACACGGCAAUGGGGGCUCGGCUGCUACGAGUCAAUAUUCUUGCUCCGAACACUGUGCAAGGAUCGAUUGAAGCGCGUCUGGACGCUGUAGAAGAGCUGGUGCAAAACGAAGAUCGCUUCAAUGAAGUCAAGAAUGCGCUGAAAGCCUUGAACAAGAUGGACUUUGACAAGUUGAUCUGCUCGCUCGCUGCGUCCGAAGCACGGGAAAGCGACACUGCAAAACCAGCAGCGGCUCGUGUAUCACAGAUGCUGAAUCUCCGAAACAUCGUAAAAACCAUGCCUCUUCUGUCUCGAGCCCUAGGAGGCUGCCGUUCUCAGUUACUGAGCGUCAUUGCGGAGAUGGUAUCAGAUGAACGGCUGGCGAAGAUCGAGAGGCUAGUCACGGAUAGCUUAAACGAAGCGGCUACCCCAGCAAAGGCUGGCUUAGGCGCACUGAACGCUCGCGUCUACGCGGUAAAGGCAAAUUGCAACCGUCUCCUAGACGUCGCGCGCGAAACCUACAAAGAGAAUUUGGGAGACAUCUUCACCCUGAAUCGAGACUUGUCAGAACGUCACAAUCUUCCGCUCAGUCUGGUCUAUCAGGACACCGGAUUUGUAUUCGCGCUCAAGAAGAACGAACUUGAAGGCGAGCUGCCAAAAGGGUUCAUCAAUGUCACCAUCCAGAAAGGGCGGUGGCUUUUUUCGAGCAUUGAGAUGAAAAAGCGUAAUGCGCGAAUGAAGGACGCUUUGGACGAAUCACUCAUCCUGAGCAACAAGAUCAUCCAAGAUCUGGCAACCGAGGUCGUGAUUGACAUCGGCGCGCUCUAUAAAGCCUCAGAGGCUGUCGCCAUACUAGACAUGCUCUGGUCUUUCGCACAUGUUUCCAUUCUGCGGAACUAUGUGCGUCCUGAAUUCACGGGAACCUUGGCGAUCAAAGCAGGCCGCCAUCCCAUUCUGGAGACAGUCCAAUCGGCUGGGACCCUAGUCCCGAACGACGUGUAUUGCUCUGAGGCAGCCUCAUUUCAGAUAGUGCAAGGGCCCAACAUGUCAGGAAAGAGCACGUAUUUGCGCCAAAUCGGAUUAUUGACAGUCAUGGCUAUGAGCGGAUGCUUCGUUCCUGCGGAAUAUGGGAGCUUCAAACUGCACGACGCAUUACUCUCUCGCCUCUCUAACGAUGAUGAUAUGGAGAAGAGCUUAAGUACUUUUGCCAAUGAAAUGGCAUCUUGCGCCAUGAUUCUAGGACUAGCGACAGCAGACUCCCUCGUAAUGAUGGAUGAAGUCGGGCGCGGUACAUCCCCCCGAGAAGGGAUGGGUGUUGCACACGCCAUUGCUGAAGAACUCAUUAGGGCGAAGUCAUAUGUCUUCUUCGCAACACACUUCACUGAGCUUACAGUGACGUUGUCGCAUAAGCCAUCGGUCGUCAAUCUACACCUUGCUGUGCAGAGAGCCCGUAGGUCCACAACGAACUUUGGCCUGACAUUCCAAUACAAGAUUGUCGAUGGUGCAUCGGACGACAUCAAGCACUACGGGCUGGAACUCGCCAGACUGGCCGACCUCCCCGAGGACGUUCUUGACGAAGGCAGACGAGUUGCCUUAGGUCUUCAGAGCCUCCAGGAACGACAACAACAAGACAGUCAAACAAACAAAGUCGCCAUACGGCGCAAAGCUCUCUUGAGGGUACUCCGACGAAUCUGA